AUGGCGGUAAUUAGAGAGCUAGAUAUCGAAACAGUAAACAAGAUUGCCGCUGGCGAAGUUGUUAAGCGGCCAAGCUGUGCUUUAAAAGAACUUAUAGAAAAUUCUUUAGAUGCUCAAAGCACCUUAAUUCAAAUAAAACUAAUUGAAGGAGGAAUGACUUUACUACAGAUUACAGAUAAUGGCAUUGGUAUCCAUCAAGCUGAUUAUCCUUUGCUUUGCAAGCGUUUUGCAACUUCAAAAAUUCAGUCAUAUGACGAUUUAUCGUCUCUUACAACUUUUGGUUUUCGAGGAGAAGCCUUAAGUAGCAUUUCACAAGUUUCGAAGGUAACUGUGUGUAGCAGAAAGCAAGGAGAACCUUUAGGCUAUAAAGGGAUUUUUCUGAAUGGAAAUUUGAUUGAAGCACCUGAACCUUUUGCCUUAGAUAAAGGGACACUUAUAAAGUCAGAAAACAUGUUUAGUAAUAUGCAUGAGAGAUUGAGGGCAUUGGGUAAUCACGUUGAAGAAUAUAAAAGCUGCCUAGACAUUGCUCAAAAAUAUUCAUUACACUAUAACAAUGUUGGCUUUAAAGUUUUAAAAUUAGAUUCUUUAGAGUACUCAACAUCUGGGAGAGAAGAUAAAACAGAAAUUAUCACUAAAAUUCUGAAGCCUGAUGAAAAUAGUUUGGCUGCUCAAAUUCUCGAAAUUCCUCCAACUCAAAACGAAAUUUGCUCAUUUCAGGGAUUAAUUUCAUCCAACGAUUAUUCGUGAAAGCAAAGUUAUUUUGUAUUAUUUAUCAAUAACAGGUUAGUAGAUUGCAAAGAAUUAAAAAGCAUGAUUAUUGGUAUUUAUACGAGUUAUUGCCCAAGAAGUUCGAAUUAUUUUGUAUAUUUAAGUCUAAAGAUUUUACCCAGUGAAAUCGAUGUCAAUGUUCACCCUACCAAGCGCGAAGUAAGAUUCAGUCAUCAGAAUAUCAUUUUCACAGAAAUUCAAAAUAAAAUCCAAGAAAUUUUGAAGAGUAACAGCACAAGUAAAAGUUUUAAUAUAAGAAACUUAACUAAUAUUCAAGCAAAAGGCCCAGUUCCAAGCCAGCAAGUAAGGGAAAACAGCAGAGAUCAAAAAAUUGAGUGGCUUUUGGUAAAUAAAAUUAACGCUCCAUCAAAAGUCAGUGAAGAAAAUCUAACUUCAAUUGAAGAACUAAGAGAGAGAGUUAAUUAGGGGGCUAAAAUGGGGAUCCAAAAAUUGAGACGUCAUCAAUCUGAAAGGGAGACUCACCCGAACCUGCUUAGACCUAAAUUUUCAGCAAAGGAGUCUCUUACCCCCUGGUAGUGGUCAGGGUAUGAGGAAACCGUCCUAUGUCUCCUUCUGAAACUACCUCUGCCAUUUGCAGGCAGUGGAAUGCCAUCCAGAAGCUCUCGAUUGAUGCUACGCCGUCGGUCUCUUGUCUGUGGGUUGAGGGGAAGCCUAUCCAGCCAAGCCCCACUCUUGAGAAAUUCCUCCGCCGCAAGCCGUAGUUCCUCCAAGUGCUCUCACAGAAAUGACCCCUAGAAGUUUCGGAAUUAUCUCACCUACUCCACGAUUGAAUAAUUUCUGAAGAACUAAAAGAAGAAAUAAAGAUAGGAAGAGAACAAGAGAUUUUUAACGAUUUUAGCUAUGUUGGAGCAAUUGAUAGAAAUAGAAUCUUAAUUCAGCAUGGUACAAGCCUAUAUGUUUGUUUUGCACCAGUCAUUCUCGAAGCGAUGGCAUAUCAAUUCAUAUUAGACAAAUUCGCUCAACUUUCUCACUAUGAAAUUCAAAACUCAGACUUGGAAAUUAAUGACUUAAUUAGACUUGCAUUAGAAAGCCCAAAUAUUGGAUAUGAUCAAAAUAAACAUCCUCCAAUAGAGCAGUUUUGCAAUUCAGCUUCGAAGCUUUUAAAUGAAAAAUCUGAGCUUUUAGAUGAGUAUUUUUCGAUUUCUAUUAAAGAUAAUAAAUUAGUGAAGAUUCCUGUGCUCAUUGAAGGACAAAUACAGCCAGAUAUUAAUAACCUACCUGAAUUUUUGCUGAGGCUUGCAGCAAAUAUAGAUUGGAUGCAUGAGAAGCAAUGUUUGAAUGGGAUUAGCGAGCUUAUAGCAUGAUUUUAUUCAAGAGUGCCUGAGGAAUGAAAUGAUGGCGAAAUAGCCAAGCCUUACUCACAUUUCUACAAAAAUUUUUUGUUUCCAUAUAUAAACGGAAGAUUAAGGGCUGAUGCUCGAUAUAUUGCUGAAGGGAAAGCAUUUAUUCCUUUGGUGUCGACUGAAGAAUUAUAUAAAUUGUUUGAACGCUGUUAA